CAUUUACUGUAUCUGUGAAGUGAAUUUUUAAAUGUCUUUCUUUUUAUUUCAGCACGUGUAGACGCUGACGACUUGCUUAUCAUCUCAUAGAACUUAUAUAGGUAACCAAAAUGCCGUCUGACGCAAAGAAAAGGGCUCAACAGAAGAAGAAGGAGCAGGCGAGCAACAGGAACAAGAAGACCGUGGCCAGAGUGACGAAUGACGAGAAUGGUUCUGCUACUAACGGCAAUAAGGAAGAGCGAGAGCUCACCGCAGAAGAGGCAUUGUGUCUUAAACUUGAAGAGGAGGCUAAGAUGAACUCAGAAGCGCGAUCAUGUACUGGUUCGCUUGCUGUCCAUCCGAGGUCCAGAGACAUCAAGAUAGCUAACUUCUCCAUCACCUUCUAUGGAAGUGAACUGCUGCAGGACACCCUUCUUGAGUUGAAUUGUGGUCGACGAUAUGGUCUUGUGGGAUUGAAUGGAUGUGGCAAGUCGUCGUUACUGGCCGUGCUAGGUCGUCGCGAGGUGACUAUACCCGCGCAUAUUGACAUUUUCCACCUGACGAGGGAGAUGCCCGCCUCCGAUAAGUCGGCACUUCAGUGUGUCAUGGAAGUCGAUGAGGAGAGGAUCCAGUUGGAGAAGCUCGCCGAAGAGUUGGCGCAGUGCGAGGAUGAUGACGCUCAGGAACAGUUAAUGGACGUGUACGAUCGACUGGAGGACCUGAGCGCCGACACGGCAGAAGCUCGCGCAGCUAACAUUCUUCACGGUCUUGGUUUCACCAAGGAAAUGCAACAGAAGGCAACAAAGGACUUCUCUGGAGGUUGGCGUAUGCGUAUCGCGCUGGCACGUGCGCUGUACGUGAAGCCUCAUCUUCUGUUGCUGGACGAGCCCACCAACCAUUUGGAUCUCGACGCCUGCGUAUGGCUUGAGGAAGAACUCAAACACUACAAACGCAUCCUCGUGCUGAUAUCUCACUCGCAGGACUUCUUGAACGGCGUGUGCACUAACAUCAUUCAUAUGAGCAAACGCCGACUCAAGUACUAUACGGGCAACUAUGAAGCCUUCGUCAGGACUCGCAUGGAACUGCUGGAGAACCAGAUGAAGCAGUACAACUGGGAGCAGGACCAGAUCGCUCACAUGAAGAACUAUAUUGCGCGGUUUGGUCACGGUUCCGCCAAGUUAGCCAGACAAGCUCAGUCCAAGGAGAAGACACUGGCUAAGAUGGUGGCCCAGGGAUUGACAGAGAAAGUUAUCGAUGACAAGAUCCUUAACUUCUACUUCCCAUCGUGCGGGAAGGUGCCACCCCCUGUUAUUAUGGUGCAGAACGUAUCAUUCCGGUAUACUGAUUCAGGCCCAUGGAUUUACAAGAACUUGGAGUUCGGUAUCGACCUUGAUACACGUCUCGCUCUUGUAGGGCCCAAUGGAGCUGGCAAGUCCACGCUCCUUAAAUUGUUGUACGGAGACCUGGUCCCGUCCACUGGUAUGAUCCGUAAGAACUCUCACUUGCGUAUCGGUCGUUACCACCAGCACCUGCACGAAUUGCUGGACUUAGACCUGUCACCGCUCGACUACAUGAUGAAGGAGUUCCCUGAAGUCCGGGAACGGGAGGAAAUGCGCAAGAUCAUCGGACGAUACGGACUAACCGGACGACAACAGGUGUGUCCGAUGCGUCAGUUGUCUGACGGGCAGCGGUGCCGCGUUGUGUUCGCCUGGCUGGCGUGGCAGACACCACAUCUUCUACUGCUUGAUGAACCUACCAAUCAUUUGGAUAUGGAGACUAUCGAUGCGCUAGCGGACGCUAUCAACGAUUUCGAUGGUGGCAUGGUACUCGUUAGCCACGACUUCAGGCUUAUUAACCAGGUCGCGGAGGAAAUCUGGAUAUGCGAGAAUGGAACCGUCACGAAAUGGCAAGGUGGCAUCCUCAAAUACAAGGACCAUCUCAAAUCCAAGAUCAUGAAGGAGAAUGCAGAGAAUGCGAGCAAUGCUCGUAAAUAGUCCAAUAUCUAGCUGUAACCCUUAGAUUAUGUUCGUGCGUCGCGCGACGCUCCCUCUCCACCUGCGACUGAUAAACUGGCUGCUCUUGACAAUCUUGUGUAACAACAACCAUGUGAAAGCCAGUGGAAUAUCAUAACAACACAAAUUCUGUUAAUGCUAAGUUCUCCGGCCGGUCCGACACUGGUGCAGUCAGCUCUCUGAUCAACGUCUUGUUAUUGUGAGCACUACUCGUAAGCAAUUAUAUCUUAACUCGUGAAACUAAGCUAUGUUAAGGGAACGCUUCAAGGUAGCCCGCGAAAUAUAGAUUUUCUUAAGUUUUUUGCAAUUUACAGGUCGGCUAGUAGGAUGACAAAAUAUACUAAAUGUACAUAGUGCAUGUGCAUGUGCGUUGGAUGAAAAUAAAAUGGCAAUUCUAAAUACUUUUUUUACGCAGACGUCUUCAUCAUAAAAGCUGAUGAGACGUCGUCAUCAAAUUAAAAAUUCCCAUCUUUAAUUUCAUUUCUAUUAGUCGAAAGUCUAUAAAGAUUUAUACAAAUUUUCAUCCUGUUAGGGGCGGCCUCCGCCUACGGCAUAGUAGCUUUAUGUAUUCAAAGUCUCAGCUCGAUCGGUUUAAAAUUGACAAAGUGUCAUACAAACUCUCUAUUUUGUGACUUUGGGGGUAUAAUUGAUCAAAAUCCUUUCUUAGCGGAUGCCUACGUCAUAACAUCUACCUGCAUGCCGAAUUUCAGCCCGAUCCGUCCCGUGGUUUGGGCUGUGCGUUGAUAGAUCACUAUGUCAAUCAGUCCGUCACCUUUAAAUUAUAUAAAUAUUUAGAUUAGAUAUUCGCGGUAAUGAAAUACAGUUUUACUUGUGUAAACCAUUCACAUAACUCAGUAACUUGUAAUUUCACGGGCUACCAUGAAGCACGCACCUUAAUAUUACAAAACACUUAACAUAUUUACUUAAUAGAUUUUACUUAAAGCACUUAACUGCAUUCAUCGUUGUGAAGAACAGUUCAAUAUAUUUUUGUUUAUUACUUAAAUCGUACAAGGGUUUGUCUAGCAGUAGUCUAAAUUAUCUGUAAAAAAUUAAUAUUCCAAUAUUUAAUAUAUCCAUGUUAUGUAUAUUAGUAAAUCGAAAUCUAAAUUAAAUACUUAAAAAAAAGCUAAUUUUUUAAAAGCAACUUCUGUAUCGGUAAUAUUUGUUGAUAUCUGGCGACAUUGUCGUAGUAAAGAACUGCGACUAAUGUGAACGCUGUACUUAGUCACAGGUGUAGUAGAGAUUCUCGCUCAGACCAGUUUGUGAUCGACAAUUUAUUAUAGGAUUGUGAUUCGUUAAGCUGCCUAUUGAAGCUUAGUUAUCUAGUGGUAUUUAAAUAAUUAUGUGAUAUAUUUCCCAGAUGACUUAAGCCGAGCCCUGGCCAGAUUGAGCAAAAUGUGAGCAAACUGACCUUAGCUGUGUUUAAGAUUAUAAUUUAUAAUUAUCUAAACCAUCGCCCGGGAAAUUCUCACAAUAUUAGGACUCUUACACUUGGUUGUUCACAUCAUGUAGUGAACGCCCACACACUUUAUAACAAACUAUGAUUAUUACAAUUUAUUACAAAUAGAAUUUAAUGUAUUCACUAUCCAUUGAAUUUAAUUUAUUACAAUAAUAUAUAUUCAUACAUACUAUUUGGUAUAUAUCAACCUAUACACUUUUAUAAGUAUAGAAAUAUGCUGGUUCUAUUUUUCGACAUAAUUUAAUUGCCUUAAUUUGUCUCCUACUAACAACAAAAUAGCGAGUUCGUUUUUAAUUAUGGUUGACAAAUUAAUUAUGAAAUUGGGGUACUUAUUUUUCAUGGUAUGAUUACUAGCAAAGUAUUUUAUGAUAGUAGGUAUUGCGUUCUUGACGUUGUUAUACAUAGAUGUAAUUGUAUUAAAAAAAAGGGAAAUCAACCUACUAUGUAAUCAAACCUUUAUGUUUUGGCAACAAUAAUUUAUAUUCUUAGUAUUGAAAUAAAAAUGAAACUUAAUAGUCAAUCGUAUUGUGUUGUAACUACAUAUUCCUAACACUGAACAUGGCCAUUUCAAUUUUAUAUGCACAUGUUACUCAAUUUUAGAUUAAUAUGCAUAAUAUCCGAAGUACCUAAUCUAUAGCAGUAUUUAGAGUAAAUAGAUGGUGAGACCAGUUCUCUCGCGAGUGUGGCGUGUUUUAAAACUUGCUAGUGCUGCAGGGGAAUGUGGUGUAACAAUUGAAAGCGCCUCCAGGAAGUAAGGCCGCGUGGUUGUCGUGUCGUAUGGUAAGCGACCAAAUGUAUGAAUAGAAACUCGUGAACUGCGUCAUGGUGGUAAUUAGAUGUAAUAGUGAAUGUUUCUACUUACAUAGGUAGCGACACGGAUGCCUUCUAAAUAGAUUUUGAUUACAUUAAUUUUAUUCAUCUUAUACUGAUCAUUCGAUACAAAGGAAUCUGCAAUAAAUGUGGGCUCAUAAUGUUCUUAUUUGUUGCUCUGCCCUUUUUAUAAUAAAUGUAAUACAUAAUCGCUGUACUAGUAUUUGUUUUAUUGAAAUGUAGUUUGGUAUUGGCAAAGCAGGUAUAUUAUAUUGUGUCAUUUUGGUCUAUAUUGUUGUUUUAGCCAAAGGCCUGUCGUAACAAAUGUAGGUACUGAUGGAAAAUGAAAUGAGGUUACUUUCCAGAAUAAUUAUUGUAAAUGUUUGAACUUCAAAAUAUGUAUUACCUUUUAACUUUGCUGAUAAAUUGAUAACUGAAUUGUAAGUGUGAUUCUUAGUGACUCAACUAACACGUAAAAACUUAUUAUUUUUUCUUAUAAGCCUUAAUUAUGAAAUAUAAUAGUAAUUCUGAUUAACCCUAAUAUCAUGGUCAACCAGUAUAGUUUUGUCUGUGAAAAAUGUUAUUCUACAACAACAUCAAGCACUGUUUGUUUGCAAUAUUUAAAUAUUCUGCAGGGCGCGUGUGGUUACCUGUGUACCUGUAUACAUAAAUGUAUCUAAUUUGAAUGUUAGUCUACUGAAGUUAAUUUUAAUAGAAAAUGUGUUACAGCCUGCUCCUCACCUGCGUAAUAGUAUUAACUUGUAUUCUAUGGGGUUUAAUUGUUAAAUUUCCAUUUCUAAAAGCUUGAUCUGAAGCAAAUUUUUAUGAAUCAAUAAAAUAAUACACAUGGAUA